CUGCUUUACACAGCAAUCUGCCCGCGCGGAGAGACGAUUUUGCCUUUCGUUAGACUAGAUUGUACACACAGGUUCAAAGUGACCUAGGAUCAGAUUUUUGCCUGGAAAGUUGUUAUAAUUAUAAGUUUCUAAAAUGGAAAUGGAAAAGAGAAUCCAGCUGGAGCGAAGGGGACGCAAGGAGAGCGAGAUUGCCGAGUUGAACCUGGACAACUGCCGCUCCCAGCAGAUUGAGGGUCUGUCUGAGGCGUACUGCAACCUCGAGUCUCUCAGCAUUAUCAAUGUCGGCCUCACCACACUGAAGGGCUUCCCAAAGCUGCCAAACCUUAGAAAGUUGGAGCUGAGUGACAACCGUAUCUCCAGCGGCCUCAACAACCUGUCUGGCUGCCCCAACCUCACACACCUCAGUCUCAGUGGCAACAAGAUCAAGGACUUUGAGCCCCUCGAAGCAUUAAAGGACCUCCCCAACCUGAAGAGCCUGGACUUGUUCAAUUGUGAGGUAACAAAUGCGGAUGAAUACCGAGAGAAAGUGUUUGAGUUGCUUAGCAACCUCAAGUACCUCGAUGGCUACGAUCAGGACGACCAGGAGGCUGAGGAUGACGAGGAGGAAGACGGUGUUGACGAAGACUUUGAUGGGGAAGACGGUGAAGAAAAUGAGGAAGGUGAAGAUGAUGGCGGAGAUGAUGAUGAAGAAGAGGAGGAAGCAGGAGCUGAAGAUGAUGAUGACGACGACGAUGAUGAUGAAGAAGACGUCGAUGAUGAGGAGGAGGAUGAGGAAGAAGAUGAGGGAUCAAAUCUGCAGUUGUUAAACCAGUCAGGAGACCUCGAGGAUGAGGAAGAUGAUGAAGAUUUUAAUGCUGAUGGUGCAGAGGAGGAUGAGGAGGAAGCAGGGGAGGAGGAGGAAGAGGAUGAUGAUGAUCAGAGAGGCACCAAAAGGAAACAUGAAGAUGAGGAGGAUUCAUGAACAUGUUAGCUCUCAUUUCAUUGGACAAUAACGCAACUAUUGACAUUUUCUCAUCAGAACUAUCCAAUCAUGGAUCACCUUUCAUUUUCAUCCUCAUGACUAUGAGGUCUAUAGUGCACAUUACAGUGAUGUCAUCGACUUACAGAAGGAGUUUUUACAUUGGUCGCAAGCCGUUCAAAACCAGGUCUUCGUCUCUGUAGAAAAUACAGAGUUACAGCAGAUUUCUUGUAUAUUGUUAUUCACUUGUCCAAUGGUUUGCUGCUAUGUUAUAUUGAUUUUUCAAACUGUUAUGUCAUUCAUGUCAUUUGAUGUAAAGUUAUGAAUUGGGUCCCAGUAAAAAAAUAUACAUGCAUGUUUUAUUUAACUUUAAUGGCAGAUUAUGAUUGUAACUUAAAAUAUUUGAUUAUGAAAACAUAAAUGUUGAGAAAAACUAAGUAACACAUUCACAAAUAAGUCCAUUUACAUUCCAAAGACAAAAAAUAAAUAGAAAACAAUCUUUUUAAAAAAUAAACGUAGUUGCCUUAUUUCAUAUGAAACGAAACAUGUUCUUCUCUGCUUUUCGCUUAACAAGUUGUAUGUAUUAUUUCGGUUAUUGUACAUAAAUACAUUUUAUGAAGUCUAUUGCCUUACAUUUUUACCGUAUGUCGGGUUGAUUAAGAAAAACAGAUUUCCUACAAUUUAAAAAAUAGGUGAUGUAAUUUACAUUGGUCCUGUUAAACUAGUGUUAAGACACUCCUUGUAAUAAACUUACAACCAGUGCUAUGUAUUAAAGACGUGACUAGCAUAUAAGGGUAAAUAAAGCUCAAUAAGAGAUCAGAGGUUUGUAUUAGGGGUUAAAUUUGUAGCACAUUGAACAUAUUCGUUAUGCAAAUGUUUGAAUGUAAAUAUUUGUGUUUUGCUGCAGUAACAUAAAACAGCAAAAUUCGACUGAAAACAAUGGACAUUAUAUGUAUAGAUUUUCCUUUAAUAUUCCUUCAUACACGUAUGUAUUCACAAUUGUGGAGCAUGUCAUAUGGCCUUGGUUUAAACUUCACCAAUCUUAUACUUUGGCAACUAAUUUGUGAUAGAUUUUCAUAAGGUAUAGUGUUAAAAAACAGUGGUAUUUUUCAGAAAAGUAAGUUUUAAUAUGCAAACAAGCUACUUGUAAAUACUAUUAUUGAAAUGAAUUUCACAAGAACUAUUUAAGCUGAUAUGAAUAGUAUGGCUUAUAUUUUUAAACAUAGAAAAUAAACUUAUACCAUUUGUUUUCCCCCUAGCCAUCAUAAUCAAAAGUAUAUAUUAUUAAUUGACUUCUUGAUUUCCCCAUUACUGAAACACUUGUAACAUCCAAAUUUGCAUAGAUGCUUAUACUGUACUUCUGUUUAACUUUGGCUGUUAGUGACAUAAACUUUUUUUGGCAUAUGAUCUCAAAUGACUAUGUAUUUAUAUCUGCAUUUUGAAAAGUUGAUAAAUGCAAUUAUUUGAAACGAAUGCCAUAAGCACAUGUACCAUUUAUCAGAGAACGAUAUUCACAUUUGUUAAGGCCAUAGAUAUUUUGCUAAGUAUUUGAGAUAUUUGCUGCAAAUUUCAUACUUUCAAAGUAUUUGAUUAAGUCGAGGGUUUGAAGUUCAUAGUAAUCAAUGUAUUUGGGGAGAAUAAACGUCAACAAACUUAAAUUGGUGGAAAAAAAAGUUUUUAUGGGUAAAAAAGGACUGUUACGGGCCAUUAGAACCUUGUUUUGAGAACAACUGGGCUUAAAGCGAGUGCAAAAUGUCCGGGCAGGCUAAUCAGGGACAACAAUUUCCGCCUUAUCUGGAUUUCGUUUAGAAGAGACCUUUUAAACGAAAAAUUCCAAAAAAGCGGAAUGUGUCUUCUCUGAAUCGCUCAUCUCUGGGAUGACACUUUGCGUACAUGCUUUAAGCCCGUUUUACCAAAAUUGCGACUUAAAUUCAUGGGACACUAGACAGUCUGGUGGCAGCAUGGUUUUUGUACUGGACAGAAUGAACCUUUAGAAUCAGAUGUUGUUAAGAUCCAUUUUGUAUGUGUUUGCAUUUGGAAUGAAGAGGGAUGUAUGACUGGGAUUUCUGAAACAUUAGCGUGAGUAAUACUUUGAAAUGAAAACUUGUAUGAAAUCUUAAAACUUAUUUUAUAUAAGUAGAUACGUAAGAUUCCCAUGCAACGCUCCAGUAUUUUUCUUCCACAGUAUAAGGUUGCAAAAAUAGAUUUAGAUUAUGUGUUAUUUAUGUGCAUCAGUUAUGUGUCUAAUGGUGAUAACUUCACUGGUGACUUGAUCAAAUUCUGAAAUGUUUUUUGUCUGAGUUUGUAUUCAUAUUGGCGUUUUAAAAGUGCUAGAAUUUGUUUCAAUAGAAUACAUACUCGUGAACUUAAACAUUCAUAGAUCUUUGACCUCGGCACUGAUUAAACUUACUGUAAGAAUUGUGUUAACAAUAUUGAAUGACAAGUACUGGGAAUUCUAGUUAUAUAUUCCUUUUCAUGAAUAAAAUGUUAAAUAUA